AUGUUGCGCUGCAAACUUGGAAUCCUGCCAGAGCUCAUACCGUUGUACGAUAAAAACUCAGUAAAUCACCUCCCAACACUACUGCCCACCUCCGCGGUCGACGGUCCUCGCUGCUCGCACGCAGUGGCCGUACCACAAUCCCACUUCUUUUGUGUCACCAUCUCCAGAGCUGUUCCCUCUUCAACAGUAGAAAAGUCAGCGGCUGACCCUGAUUACUCGAGGUCAUCCCUUAUACGAGCAAGCAGCCAUACUGUAAUUAUCAAGCUGCUGGUGGGCUAUGGCCUUGACAAGAGCGGCAUAGUGACAAGCUUUCGCGUGUCGACCUUCACAACCUCUUCGCAGCUCGGGGCAUCUGCUCCACGCACUACCACUACUACGCACUCUCGCGCCACCACCGCUACCGCCAUCAUCAUCGUAAUAGACGCCAAGAGCUCGCCUGACACCGCAGCUCUUAAACCCAUCCCGAACCUGAACCCUUCAUAUGUACAAUACGAAGGUCCCGUAUCGACAAUCUACUUUCUCUUCAAUCUACAUGCACAAAAGAUGCUGUCGCCGCGGCACUGCUCUUCGCUUUCAUGGCUCCCAAACAAGUUCCGACCCCACCAUAAGGCCCGCAUGAAGCGCAGCCCCCAGCGCCACGGCCGUCUGCUCGUCCGUCCGUACGCGACGUCAUCGGGCCAAAUUCGCCAAAACCAAAACACAAAACCGAACCGAACACACACGCGCGGAGCACAGGCGGACAGGCCAGUAACCUGA